UGAUUUGCGCAUGUCAAAUGCUCGCAUUGCAAAAUGGCGGCACCUUGUUAUUGUUCCUGGCGUUUUAUGACUUGUCCCUUUAUAUUGCCGAUUAUGUCGAAUUUUUUCGCGAUCUAUAUCGCGCGCCGUGUGCAUAAAGUGCAGUAAUUAUUGUUCUUGUGUACUUUAAAUGAAGAGCAAGUGUUUUUGUGUUACUGUGGUGCAAUUUUUGGACGCGUUUAAAUCCCUUAAAACAUCAAGUUUUGCGAGAGUGAAAAAUGGGGUAACGUUAAAAAUUUUCUCUCCACUUGGUUCAUUCAUACGGUUAUAAAAUCAGUGAUUGUGCAAAAGGACAAUUAAGUGUUUAUCAUCAAAUGCGAUUAUGCCAUUAAAUUUCAUUAUUAGAAUUGUAAUGCAUUUGUCGUUGAAUAAUUGUGGAACGAGAAAUUUUUCGUGUUUUCAGCAUGCUUGAGUCCACUUCACGACACCUCCCCCGACGGGACAAAAUGGUGGCCCCCCGAUAUCCAAUGGUCUGGGAGCCUUAUUUUGCUGAAAAUUAACGCGAAUUAUCAUCGCAAAAGAAUAAUUGUGUUGAAUAACGUUGCAUUUCAGCCAAACGAAUCUUCGGAUAUUAAUACUGAUCGAAAAGGGUGUUAAUUAAAAAUUGCACUGGAGUGGUUUUGGGGAUUAUUGUCGUUUAUUGGUCGAAAAACGGACAUCUCGUCGCAGAAAAAUUUAACUGUUAUCCAUAGAAGUUGCCAGACUACUCGGGUAGUUAUGUGAUUAUUGCUUGUCAUGGCGGCUGACAGUGAUGGUGAUCUGAUUGAGACGGUGGUAACGUGUGAAGGAGAUCUUGGUGAUCCAGAUUUUCCACGCAAGUUUCAAGUCAUCGUUAAUCGUCUCAGUUCCCUUGUCUGCAAAGAUAAGGACGAAAAAUUGAGAAUUGACAAAGUAGAACCAUGGAAUUCGGUGAGAGUGACAUUUUCUAUUCCCAAGGAAGCUGCUCUUCGACUGAGAGAAUUAGCUUCACAGGGAUCAUCAACUCUCACUCAACUGGGUAUCCUCUCAGUUCAAGUCGAAGGAGAUCAGGUGAUCUCAUUGAGGAUAGCAAGUCGAUUCGGAGGAGAGGCGCAAGAAAUAGUUUUGCAUUCUGGACCUUCUCAGGAAACGGGGAAUAAAUCCCAAAGCAAUCCUACAAAUGGUGCAUCGAGUGCAGAUGGAGACUCUUCAGCUCCAAUACCUGGUCCCAGCAAUGCAUCCAGUUUUUCCUCCACCUUACGAAAUGUUGCUCAGAUUAUAACAGCCGGUACAUCAGCCGAAAAAUCGCCCCAAUUUCGUUCUCCAAAUGUUGUUGCGCCAACAGACUGUGAUCCAAUUCCAUUACUUCUCCCAAAACAAGUUCAAUCGACGGCUGGCGGUAGUGGAGUGUCUGGCAAUCAAGUGACACAAAAUUCAAAUCAAACGUCACGAACAAAUUACAAUGGGCCAUUUCCCUUUGCAAGUAUGACACACGCGGCGCAAGCGAUUCAUUCACGUGAAACGCAAGCGAAAACGAGUAGUGUACAAUUUAAACAUCACACACAACCACCACCGCCUUAUCCAGCAGCUCAAGAAACUGUGGCAAUCGUUACUGCCCCAACGACAACAAUUCAAACGACAACACAGUCCAUUUCAACUGUCACUCAAGUUGCACAGUACAAAUCCACCUCCUCGUCGUCUUCUUCGUCAUCAUCUUCAUCAUCAUCAUCCUCCGCGUCUUCAUCGACAAACAUGGUUUCUAGUCCAUCGUCAAGCUCCACCGUCACAAAUCCAUCAAACGGAAGUGGCAAUCAAGUCGCACUCUCGAGUCCACUUCUCGUCAAUCUUCUACAAAACGACGGCACAACAACGCAUUCAAACAAUAUCGUUCCCGAUCAAAAAAUGCCCCCACCACCAGCCUCAAUUGUCGAUGGUUCAACAAUUGGAAAUCGUGUUCGACCCGCCAAGAAGCCAGUGCGAAGGAAAGACAUACCAUCGGCCAGUGAAUCGCCACCAAAUCUCGAUUCACUACGAACAGAGGAUUUAAUUGGUUCAACGACUGCCGUCCCAGAAUUAACGCCCUCAGCAUUCGUCACCGUUAACGCCAGUCAACCCUCGACAGUGCCUCAACAUAAUAUCCCCCAGCAAUCAACUCAACAACAACAACAAUCACUGCAAACAACAAUAGCAACAACUCUCCCAAAUCAAGUACAAAUCCAACAAAAGUUUCCCGUUCGACAGGAAAUCACCUACAGAACAACGACACAACAAAAUCUCGCCGCAAGGUUUCCGGUCAAUGGCCAACAAGUCCGUACUCCCCUUCAACGACAACAGCAAAUUUUAAUCCAACAUCAAAUUCUCACUCAACAACAAAACGUUAACGUUCAAAAUGUCCAAGGCCAAAUAAUUCAACAGCAACAAAUUCUCGUCAAUCAACAAAGACUCGGCUUUCUCGGCAAUCAACGUCAACCGACGCCUCCGCCCUAUCCGAGGCAAACACCCCCGAGUGGCCAGAAUCUAAACGUCCAACAACAAUUACAUCACAAUCAGAUAAAAAACAUUAACGUUAAUACAAACACAACGAGUGAUUUUCGUUACGGACAGAGUCAAAAUAUUCUCAGUAGAAAUUAUCAACCGGAUGCCACCGGUGCAAAUGGGACCAGUUGGAGUGUAAAUACGCAGCAGCAACAACAACAACAACAACAGCAACAACAACAGCACCAACAACAGCAGCAACAACAACAGCAGCAACAACAACAACGUCUCGCUACCACCAAUUUUCCAAAUCACAUAAAAACCGAGACGGAAAUAAAAGAGGAGAAAAUAAAAGAAGAGGAAGAAGAAGAGGAGGAGGAGGACGAACCACCCGAACCCGUUUACACAUCAACGGGUAAAAUUCGUCAAUUUUUGAUAAAUCCCUUCUCGGGCGAAAUCGAACCAAUGCCAAGUGAAAGUUCCGAAUCAGAACCCGAGAGCGCUGUCGAUAAUCAAGACGAUUUUUUCUCCUAUCCCUCGCCAUCGAACGAUCGUUCAAAUUCAAUAUUCUCCGACGAUGAUGCAGACAGUAAUUUUUCCCGCCGCAACGAUACAACAACAAACACUGAUCAAUCGGAUUCGGAAGCAACCGUGAAAUCGACAAACAGUGAAGGAAGUUUAAAACACAAUCGUAUUAAAACAUCCCGUGAAAGUCCAAUGCCAGCCGAGAAAAUAAAGCUACGAAUGAAAGUCGAAAAAUCCGAUCCCUUUAAUCCUGCCUAUAAAGUCGAUGUCUCAUUCGUCAAUACACCACCAUUACGUAAAGUCGAUAAAUCAAAAAUAUUCGCAACAAUUUCAAAUUCAGGAUCUGGUGGCGAGGAACCACGUGUACCGCCAUUGCAUAUUUCGUUACGUGGACGGAAUGCGUCGGUGGUGCAAAUUAGAAAAAAGGAGAAGAAACUUAAGGAGGGCGACGAUGAGACGAAUUUAAAGCGUCGUGGGAAACUUAAGAAAAUUAAGGAAGACGGACAUAAAUUAGUGCAGAAGAAAUCGUUGAACAUGAUAAUAGGUACGAAUAAUAUACCAAUGGUUAAUUCAACAUUGACACAACAACAACAACAACACAAUAAUGCUAUUAAUUGUAAAAUUAAUAAUACUGUCGCGAUAAAAGCAAAUACGGUUGCUAGUUGCAACCUAGAGGGAAGUGGAAAUAAAAGUGGAAAUAUAAAGCCAAGUUCGAGUAAAAGUGGUGAUGUUGAUGAUAUACCAUUAAAUAGUAGAAUACCAUCGCCAUUGAAGCAUAAAAUUGGUGUUUUAAAUCAAACGACAAAUUCAACAUUAAUGAAAAAUCAAGUAGAGAGUGAUGUACAAAAUCAUACGAAUGAACAUAAAAUUGGCGGAGGCAAGACGAAAAGAAGAGAUUCAAAGAAAAAAUCGGAAACUGGCGACAAUCAACAUCGUGAGCAAAAUUUAUUGUCAGGCGGUAGAAUUGUUGAUAAUCAAUCAAAGUGGAAGAAGCUUGGUUAUAAAGGCGAUGCGGCGACGCAAGGAUUAAAAGCAAAGGAGCAAACAAUUUUACCCAGCAAUGAUUUAACAUCGGCAACGAGGAAAAUUGGCGAAAUCCGAAGAACAAGCGAUGGCGAUUUAACAAGAACAAUUGUUAAUGAAAAGAGCAAUGUUCUCAAUGCAGUUGGAUCGAGAUUGGCGGAAGUCAAUGGAAUUCGCAAGGAUCUCGUUGCUAAUCAAGAGAAGCGACGACGAUCCAGUUUAAUUGACGAGAAGGAUCUUAAUUUAUCUGAAUCUCAAAACGUAGAGGCUUCGUAUUUUCACAGUCAAAAGACAAUAUCAGAGAGUAGUUCAACGCAAAAUUCACUCACCGCCUUGAAAGUAAACACCAAUUCAUCGUUCGAUAAUGAUAGUCCAAUUGGAGCGACAAAAGCUUCAAAUUUACCGUUAUUACAAAAUAAUCCACACGCCGAUGUGAAAACUGCUUCGGCAAAUUUAACACCGCGUAAUGAAAGUUCCAUAAAAGUGACGACGACGACAACAACAACAUCGAUAUCAUCAUCAUCAUCAUCAUCAUCAUCGUCGUCAUCAUCAUCUUCGUCUUCAUCACCGCAAUCAAGACUUGCGCCAACAAAAGCAGAAUUAGUAAAUUCAACACUCGCAUCGAAACAACAGAAUAUCACGCAGAAAAUCAAGAAUCAUUCGCUAAUGAAAAAUGACGCAAACAUCAGUGUAAAUAGACAUAAAGCAGAUAAUCAAACACAUAAGAAAUUAAUACAAAAUCAUGUCGUGAAGCAAAUUGAUCGCAUACCGAUUAAUAAAGUUGUCGAUGCGCAGCGUGUUAGUUUACUGAAAACAACAACAACAGCAACAGUUUCGGAGCAAGCGGCAACAAAAGAUGGAGAUCUAUCCUUGAGUAAACCAAUACUUCCAAUUGGUGAAAUAAACGUAACGGAGGCGAAGGUAAAGCAAAAAUUAUUAGAGAAUACGGUACCAAUUGGAAUCGUUGAUACGAAUACAGAAAGUAGAGUUGGUAAUGGAGGCGGCAGUGGAAAUGGAAACGGCGGUGGUGAAGAUUCAGGAAUUGAAUCAAUGGACGCACUCUCGGAGAAGUCGCCAAAUCAAGGUGAAUCACCUCUUCACAGGCCCGCUUCAACAACCGAAACUAAAACUACAAUACAAGUUGAUUCACCUCAAAUCACCAAUAAGAACAACGUGCCUUCCUCAACUAGUGAUAUGUGUUCAAAUUCAAAUCUUAUUAAAACGCGAGCCGAUUCAGUGUCAAUUCCAAUAUUAAAUUGUCACGAAACAAUAAAUGAAAUGAAUGAAAUGAAUGAUAAAAAAAUCAGUGAUAAUAAAUUAAUAUCAAGUGGUGGUAGUGGUGGUGGUGGCGGUGGUGUUGGUCCCCUUAUCACCGGUACAACAACAAUAUUAACAACACAGUGCGCGAAUUCCAUGAAAAAUGACGACGAUCAGGGUAUAAGUGAACAUAUAAACAUUGCCGAGGAUAAACAUCCUCAAAGUGACAAUGUGAUUAGAUUAAGUGAUGAAUUAACACACGGACAAAACAAUAACAAUGUGCCUGUAGUUCAGAACCACAUUUAUAGUACUAGUGCUGAGAAUUUAGAAAAAGAGGGCGAGAACUGCUCAAAUUAUCAUAAUCAAGAUGAGACGAAAAUAAAUGACACCAGGCAGCAGAAUAUUCAGCAGAAUAUUCAAGAAUUGCAAACAGAAGACGAGGAUGAGGAGGAAAACCAAAAACAAAAAGAAUUGAAAGAAUUAAAAGAAUUAAAUGAAUUGAAUGAAACGUCAGUUAAUUUGCAAAAAGUAACCGACGAUCUAGUGAAGAAAAUAAUAAUGACAGAUACAAAUGUUGGUGUACGAUCUCCCCUGGCCGAUGAUCCACAACCGAUCAGGAUAACGCCACCAUUGUAUACGUAUUCAAAUCCCGUUGUACAUUCUCGAGACGAUACACCGAGUCCAGCGUCACAAAUCUCAGAUCAAAUUGAUUCGGAGAAUGCGAAACGUAAACGGAGGCGAAAACAGGAAUUGGAAGGUAGACAUGACGUUAUUUGUAUAGAGGAUAAUGAUGAAUCGCAAUUUGUUGAGAGAUUAAAUCAUCCCGAUGAUUAUAAGCGACCGCAUAAAUCGUUACUCGAGCAAUUGUUGAUUGAUAUUCCGGGGGAGAAUAAUGAGAAACGAUCGUUGAGAACAAGAUCGCAGAAACUUAAUAGUCCGGAUAUUAAAACGCCAAAGUGUAGUCCACAUGGUACGACGUCGAGUUUAACGACGACGGCGACGACUACCACGACUACUACGAGUUCGAGUACGACAACAGGGAAAAUUGAAGAGAGACGAAGUAUAUCGCCGUAUGCGAAAGCGAGUCCUAAAUUGAAUGCCACGGGUGGAUCAUCGAAAUUGUCGCCGAAUACAACGACGACGACGACGACGACGGUGAAGGCGGGCAAGAGAAAACGGCAGGAGAGUGAGAGUUCGGUGGCGUCGAGUACGGCUGACGAUACACAACCGAGACCGGGAAAGAGAAAAUGCUCGGAGAAUGCUGUUGAACUUAUAAAAGCGUGUAUGGGAGUUGAGGAGAGUGGAUUACUUAAGAAACAAGUAGUGAGCAAGGAGGAGGCGACGAAAAAGGGCAUUGGUAUUUUAGCCAAGGCUAAGAAAGGUCCCAUUGUCGUUGAAGUUGAUUCAUCGGACGACGAGCCUCUCGUAGAACUCGCGGGAAAAAUGAAGAGAACGUUAGAAGAUACCUCAGUAGGUUCUCCAAAGCCCAAAGAUCAAAAGUCUCAAUCUGGUACAAAUGUAGCUGGUAGUCAAAUAAAUACCGCCAGUGUGCAAAAUUUUAGUGCCAGUAAUCGAGUGCAAAGAGAAAGUCGUUUAUUGACGACGAAACAACAGCCGAGCACGACAUCGACAUUACCUGUUGGUAAAGAGAGACUAAGAGGCACAUCUGUAUCAAGUAACGAAUCAAUUGGCGAAGUCACGACACGAAGGUCUGUUCGACAAAGUACAGCCUCGCCUUUAGCAACUCCAGCGAGCAAUACAAGAGGCGCUUCCAGAUCAUUGGAAGAUGUAAAUAGAAGAAAAACUCGUAGUGGAGCUGCGGGAACGAUUUUUUAGUGACAGCUGAGACAGCAGAGCAGGCGAAACGGAGGCGAAUAUCACGAGAAAACAAAUGACGUUCGGAAAGUGACCUUGACAGUGAUUAGCUACCGUUGCUCUCGUCAAGGCCCAAACACUCUGGUUGCCUGUGUCUGCUAACAAAAAUAAUGGUUAUUCGAUCGCUGCGUGGCUGGACCCCACGAGUGAUGAAUCUGUCAUUAGCGCACAAUAUAUAUCUAUAUCUUUAUACAUAUAUAUUGUAUAUGUUUUGCUUUCCAAGUUCCUGAAAAAUGAGAAGAAACUGCAAUUCCAGAAAGAAAAAAGGAACACCAGAGAGAGAAAAAAAGAGAAAAGAACGCAAAGGGAAAUAUUCUCGAAUUAAAAAGAAAAAAAUGCAAUUUUUCCAACCGCUCGAAACUCUGGUUUAUCCUUUUUUUAUCUUCUCUGCUACAAAAUUCAGGGUUUAGUUAUUUAGCGAAAAAUAUUGAAUUUCGUGUUUAAAUUCAAAUUUGUAAAUUUAAAUUCAAGUUUCAAAUUAGUUUUACUUUUAUCGAUUUAAAUCAAUUCUCAAUGAAAUUUUCAAUUUUAUCGAU